AUGAAGACGCGAACCGUAGAGAAGACGCUGAAGAGCGCCGAUGACGCGAAGAACGUCAGGAAAGACAAGCUCACGAACAGAAGGAGCGAAAAGAACCGCGAGAGGCUGCUGAAGCUCUACUUGAACGAAGGGCUGCGGAGUUGGAUGAAAGCAGACGUCAGUUUGACGAACGGAUGA